GUCAACAACAAGAAUUGAUUCUAACCUAAAAAUUUUCCGUCAAUAAAAUAAUAGUAAAUUAUUUUUAUGAAAGAAAAUUUAAUAUUUAUUACAACAUAAUGACUCAGAAGUUUAAGACUAAUUGGGAUGUCGAUAAAUAUUACGAUGAAACUGAACCAGAAGAGCAUUGGCAACUUCGAAAAGAAUUCAUGACGGUUCAUCAAGAUAAAUUUCCAGAAGAUUACCUUGUAGCCUUAGCAAAAGCAUUUACUAAUAUAGAAUUUAUGGGUUGCGUGUAUCCUGCACCUUUAAUGAUAAGAAUAGGAGAAUUGUCAAAGGAUGUGGCUAAGAAAUAUAGAGAUAUUAAAAAAACAAAACUUCAAAGGACAUUUGUAACAGCUUCCAGUGCUGCAGAAAAUAAAUACUCAGGUUUGUUACAAUAAUAGAGUAUUUUAUUUGUCUGGUGUCACACUAGAAUAAUUCCUUCAAAAUAUAAACCAUCAAAGUAUUGCAAAUAAAAUCUACUUUGAUUUACACUACGUACUUUAAAAUUAUUGUAAUGGAGGCAUAGA